AUGCUGUACUUUGUGCUAGUGAAACCUGUGAUCGGUGCUCUGAGCUCCCUGUCGGUGCUGCUGGUCGUUGCACCUUUAGUGUCAUUCAUCACGUCAAUGACUUCGCAUUACCAAGACGAGUACACUGAUUCAAUCCAAAUUUACGGAGUUGGACCCACCUCAAUGAGUCGAAACCCGGGACUCUCGUUGGUUGGCGCUAUCUGCGUGACGCUCCUGGGCGUGGCACUCAUGCAGCUUGUGGCCAAGAUAUCGCUAGGAGCUACAAGGUUUUUCUGUUGCGAAAAAGUUGCCACGACGACGAGGUCCGCGUCGUACCCGUUCCAGCCACUCAGUAACAACGGGGUGACAUCCUAUGGAACAGCUUCAUGGGAAGUUAGCCGUUAG